GUCCACCACCGUCUCCCCCCGCCACUCGACAGCAUCCUCCUCUCCUUCCUUGUCCUCGCACUCAUCUAAUAUCCCCUUUCUGCAAUGGCCCUCAAGCGCAUUAACAAGGAACUGAUCGAUCUCGGACGUGACCCGCCAUCGUCAUGCAGCGCCGGUCCGACGGGUGACAACAUGUUCCAAUGGCAGGCGACCAUCAUGGGUCCUAGCGACUCCCCCUACGCUGGAGGGGUUUUCUUCCUUUCUAUCUCCUUCCCUACCGACUAUCCCUUCAAGCCUCCUAAAGUCUCGUUUACCACGAAGAUCUAUCACCCCAACAUCAACUCCAAUGGCUCGAUCUGUCUCGAUAUCCUAAGGGAUCAGUGGUCCCCAGCUCUGACGAUCUCGAAAGUACUCCUUUCGAUCUGCUCAAUGUUGACCGACCCCAACCCGGACGACCCGCUCGUGCCGGACAUUGCGCACCUCUACAAGACGGACCGCGCGCGGUACGAGGCGACGGCACGGGAGUGGACGCGGAAGUAUGCUAUGUGAUUGAACGGACGCGCCGAACUCCUCAGACGCGGUUCCCGUCCUUACAGUCACGCGGUGUGCCCGGUCAUGUAUAUCACAUCAUGUCAUGCCCUCCCUUCCAAUCCUUCUCGUUACGCCCCCAUUGUGCAAUGAUUGAUGUUUACAAAGAGUCUGUCGUGCAAUCCAGAGAUGUUGUCGAAUACACAGCGAAUGUGAA